AUGGAGUCAGUUACUACUUAUGAUUAUAAAGAUGAGGAGUCGUCUACAAAUGGAGGCAUUACCUUUGAUGUAGAUUCUGAAAGACCAUUUCCUGCUGGUCGGAGACAAAGAAGACUCUCAAUUCAUCGUCGACUCUCUGAGACCUCAUUGUUUGAAAAGGUUCCAGCUGAGAAUGUUUUGCCAAUAGCAUUCAAAACUAUUUCUCAUAGAAUUGAAGAUGCUAAUGAAGCAACUCAAAAGCUAAAGUUAGACGAAAAGGCGAAAGAGUUUUCAGAUAUUCACUGGCACCUCAAGGAAUCUGAAGAUGUUGCAAAUGACUUCUCCUCAGACGUAAAGCUAGGCUUAACUGCUUCUCAGCACGAAGAAAAUUUGAAGGUAUUUGGCUUAAAUGUUCAAUCAAAACCGCCUUCGGGUAUGUUAAGAAAGAUAUUAAUUAAUUUCUUUGGAGGAUUUGGGUUGUUGUUAAUGAUCGGUGGUAUUUUAUGCUGUGUCUCAUGGAAGCCUCUAGGUGAACCAGCUCCUGCACCAGCAAAUUUGGCUCUUGGUGUUAUCUUAUUCAUCGUGUUUUUGGCUCAAGCAGCUUUCAAUUUUGUUCAGGAUUUUUCUUCUUCUAAAGUAAUGGAAUCAAUCCAUGAUGUUAUCCCUUCCGACUGUAAGGUUAUAAGAGAAGGAAAAAUCGGUCAAGUUCAGGUCAAAGAUCUCGUACCAGGAGAACUUGUGUUGCUUGAAACAGGAACCAAAGUUCCUGCUGAUAUAAGAAUUGUUGAUGAAUCUCCUGAUUUAGCAUUUGAUAGGUCAGUUUUAACAGGAGAGUCCAAACCAAUCCAAGCAAUGUCAAGUGCAGAUAAAGAAGGGGCUAAUUAUUUGGAAUCACACAACAUUGCAAUGCAAGGUACUUUCUGUAUAUCAGGUUCUGGUCGUGGAAUUGUAGUCUCUACUGGUGAUGCUACUGUCUUUGGAAAUAUUGCCCAAAUGUCUUCACAACCAAAAUCCGGCCUUACUCCUUUACAAAGUGAAAUCCUAAGAUUCGUAUUGAUCGUUGUUGCUGUUAUUGUUUCCUUGGUUGUUUUAGUUGUUAUUCUAUGGGCUGCUUGGAUCAAAAAGUCAUAUCCUAAUUGGAUUAGCACCUCUUCUUUGAUCGUUGAUAUAGUAUCAAUUGCUGUAGCUUUUAUCCCAGAAGGUUUGCCAAUUGCAUUAACGUCCUGCUUGAUAAUUACCGCUGGUGCCAUGAAGAAACAUAAAAUUUUAUGUAAGUCAUUGGCAGUCGUCGAGACUCUUGGUUCUGUUUCAGUUUUAUGUUCAGAUAAAACUGGUACACUAACAAAAAAUAAAAUGUUUGUUACUGAUGCUUGCUUAGGGACUAAAAUCUUACCGAGAAUUGACCAUGAAAAGAACACUUUCAAUGACAUUGAAGGAAUUGAACAAUUGUAUUCUAUUUGUGGAAUGUGUAAUACGGCUACGUUUGAUAUCAAGACUUUAGGCCUCCCACUUCAAGAAAGAAUAAUACAUUCUAAUGCAACUGAUCAAGCUAUCUUGAGAUUUGCAGAAUCAAUCAAGCCAACAAGUAACAUAAAUCACAAUUGGCAAAAGUUAUCCGAAUUGACUUUCAAUUCCAAGGACAAAUUCAUGGCAAGAAUUUAUCAAACUCAUUCUGAAGCAACUGGCUCAAAAGUAGGAAUUUCCAAUAUAAAAAAGCAGUACUACUUCACGAUCAAAGGUGCUCCAGAUAUUUUACUUGAUAAAUGUUCGUCUUACCUUGAUGAAUCACGUCGUACACCUUUGACAGAAACCGUUAAAAACCGUAUCCUAGAAAUUCAAACUCAAUGGGCCACCCAAGGUAAAAGAGUACUACUUCUAGCCUCUAGAAUUGUGCCGCAAGAUGAUAUGCAUGACGAAACAUUUUGGAAAGAUUCUAAUAAAUCAACAGGUUAUUUGAGAAAGUUGAGUAAUGAACUGUUGACGUUGGUUGGUUUGGUUGGGAUUGCUGAUCUACCAAAAGACGACAUUUUUGAUGUUGUUUCUACACUCCAAGGUGCCGGUAUUAAAGUAGCAAUGGUGACGGGAGAUUUCGAAUUAACUGCUGUUGCAAUAGCAAGAAUGUGUGGAAUUGUUACGCAUAGGAUUAUCGAUCAUGCUGCAGAUUUAAAUAAUCAGUAUGAGGAAAGCUUGGAUGCCAAGACUGGAGAACUAGACAGGUCCAUUGUCGUAACAUCUAAAGAUUUAGUUUCAUUAUCAACUUUAGAAUGGGAUCAAUUGGCAAAAUACUCAGAGAUUGUAUUUGCAAGAGCAACUCCAGAACAGAAGCUUAGGAUUGUAGAGGAGUUCCAAUGUAGGGGACAUAUAGUUGGUAUGACUGGAGAUGGUAUCAAUGAUGCUCCUUCUUUGAAACAAGCCGAUGUUGGCAUUGCAAUGGCGGAUGGCUCUGACAUAGCUAAGGAAGCAAGUGAUUUGAUCCUUUUGGAUUCGUUUUCGUCAAUUGUUGAGGCCCUAAAGUAUGGUAGAUUGGUGUUUGAAAACUUGAAAAAGACCAUCGCAUACUUGUUACCAGCGGGUACAUACGCUGAAUUAUGGCCAGUCUUACUUAAUGUUAUAUUUGGUUUACCUCAAGCAUUAUCAUCAUUCUGCAUGAUCAUAAUUUGCUGCUUAACUGAUUGUGCGGGGGCUAUCACAUUGGCAUACGAAUCACCAGAGAGUAAUUUACUAUUGAAGAAACCUAGAAGUGUUACAGGAGAAAGACUAGUAGAUAUGAAGUUGUUCUUGCACUCUUAUUUUACGAUUGGUACUUUCUAUUCCUUUACCUCAAUGCUUAUGUGUUUCUUGUAUUUCCAACACAAAGGAAUUCCUUUCAACGCUUUGACUUUAUCCUACGGUAAUACGAGUCAGUUCGAAAACUUAGGUGAAGUGAGCAACUCAGCAUCUUCAGUGUACUUUGUCAACUUAGUUAUCAUGCAAUUCUUUAAUUUGAUGGCGGUUAGAACAAGGUACUUGAGUAUAUUCCAACAUCCACCCGUAUGGAAUAAAGAUACUAAAAAUUACUUGUCCUUUCUCGCAAUUGCUUUCGCCCUUGCUGUUACAUUUUUCUUCAAUUAUAUCCCAUGGUUCAACAAAAUUUUGAAUACGGGACAUGUGCCUGUUCAAUACUAUUUUAUUGCUGUUGCCUUUGGCUGUGUUGUAUUACUCUACGAUGAGUUAAGAAAGUAUUUCAACCGAAAAUACCCUUCAUCUUUCCUAGCUAAGAUUGCUUGGUAG